UAUUUCAAAAUAAUUCAAACGUUUCGCGACUGUUCACCAGUACGGACGUCCAAUCAGCCAAGCUAAGCUUCCCAGAAGUUGAUCGCUGUUUCUCAACUCGGUUCUUACUUGUCGACUUCUGUUCCCCUUUGGAGAGAUUCUUGGAAGGUGUUUGCUUCCUGGAAACGAAAAGUGUCGCGACGAAGAUAGUGCGACCGACAGGGAAAAGACAGGCUUAUGCGAUCUCCUGUUUCGCGGUAACAUCCGGUUGUCGUUGUUUGAUUUCCUUUUUCCUUUGAACGUGUGCGAGUCGUGAGUCCAAGAGGUUUGCCAUUCGGAAACCGGAAUAGAGUGCUUACGCCCGGAUAUAUUGUGAUUGAAUCGAAAAGUUACUCGCGUGAAAACCACUUGCAUCUUUGCGCAGUACACUCUCAACGACGUGGUUCAAAAUGAUGGAAAAGGAACCGGAUUCGAUGGCGGUCACCAUGAAGCAGGAUUAUGCCGCCAGUGAAGUCUACAGCACAACGAGCGAGGCACCACCUGCAUACAAAAUCCGCCAGGCCAAUUCGGUCAAGAUUGCCCGGAUCGUGGCCGUCACGGUGAUCCUGUCAUCCUUCAUCCUCGGGUCGUUCAUGCUCGCCUCGACCUACCUGCAGGCGAAGCAGUCCUGCGACCAGAUGCAAACCCUGGAUGCCGUCCUCAACAAGGAGCUGAUGCUGGAGGCGAUGCAACAGGAACUCCCCAAAGCGCAAGCCUUAAUGCAAGACAACCUAUCUGCGGAUGAAGCCAACCUGCAGACCAUCGAUCGGGAUGAGAAGAAGCCAGACCACAAGCCACAGGAGAAGAAGGAAUCGGCCGAAAACACUGAAUCCCAAGACGACGACGAAUCGGCCGCUGAUGGCGAGAGCGACGAAAGCGCCGACAUGAACUCUAACAACCGGGUGCGUGUCAAGAUGCCUCUGGAUCUGGACCUGACCGAGCUGGCUCACGCGAUGCUGCGGGAAAACCAGAAGUCCAAAAUGAACUGCGUCGUCGAGCGUCGCCGAACGGAGGAACUGGUCGACUCUCCGGCCAAAACUAUGCGAUUGCCAUUCGGAAUGGAAUUCAACGCAGAAGCCAAGAAGCAGAAGGUUACCGGUGAACGUGUUGCCAUCUUCUGCGAAACCGGAAACGAACCAAAGAACGAAGACGCCGAACCCGUCCGUCAAGUCCUCAUUCCAAUCCCACCAGUCCGUUCCUUUGGUCCAAUUACCCAUCUGCCCCAGCAAAUGCCACCACAACCCAUCAUGCGCCAGAUGGCCCGGCCAAUGUUCCCAAUCCCGAUGAUGAACCACCAACAGUCCCAACAGAUGCCCCCAAUUCCCGCCCAAAUGAUGCAAGCUCCCCACCCGGAAGACCCCAUGAUGCGUCCCAACUUCCAAGUCCAUCAUCAACCAAUGAUGCACUCUGCACAACCCCAGCAGCCACAACCGACCUUCCCUCAGCAGAUGCAACCACCACGUGCCGAGGUCCGCAUCCAGUUCCAGCGUAUCCCAAUCCCGGAAGCUAUCCGACCCUUCCUGCCACCACAGGCUCUCCGUAACGGCCCAGAGCAAAACGACGUCCAGAUCCGUGAAGUCCCACUAGAGAUGGCUCUGCAGAAGGUCGGACUGUCGGCCGAUGAACUGAAGGACAUCCACGAGAUUGCCGCCCAGAAGUUCACUGAACAACUAAAGCAACUGAUCGGAGAGAUGGCCGAUUCAGAAGAAAGCGAUGAGGAAACCGACUCGUAUCGCACCACCCCUGUCCAGGAGCCCGCCUCGCAGCACUCCGAGGAACGGGAACUCCAGGAACAGCAACCACCUCGCCCUCAGGAACCAGCGCCUCAUGUACACAACCUCCAACCGCAGAUCCUUCCCAUGGGUCGCGCCCAGUACGCCCGAUCUCUGGUCAACCCAAUCAACCUUCCCGGUAAGGUCGUAGAGUCAUCCGUAUCCGUUUCGUCCGAUGAAGAAGCGGAACGUCCACACUACGUCCAACCACGAUCGGUCUAAGCACCGAGGAUGCCAGCACACAAAUUUAACCAAGCGCGCAAAUGUUUUAACCCCUGAGAAUUGGAACAUUCCCGCACGUUUGCUCAUGUGAUUGUAAAAAAAAAAAUGUUUUGAAGAAACUAUAUACAAAACUAAAAACAAGCGAUUAGUAUUAGCCCACGGCGAAACAAGGAGGGAUAGGAUGAACAAACAAACAAACAAACAA